CUCGUCGGCCACCGUAGACCGGCGCCAAAACUGAGCAAGUGCGCACUGAAAAAGAAUUCACGGAAGUGCCGCUUGUAGAAGGUCCUGGUAGGAUCACAAGAAAGCCGCGCCUGUGUGUGUGGGGCUCUCCGAGGAACAGAGUGAGAGCAUCGAGGACAACACCCAACCAGCCGAGCUACAUGCAACCAACUGAGCUGCAAUCUAACAUUAAAUUGUUAGAAUGCUGACAAUCUGCAGCACACAGGUCCUGACUUGAGAAACAAGAUCUAUCACAUGACCUGAGGAGAGAGAAGUUUCAGGAACUGGAUUUCGUCAUUUGUGGGGACACCACUGACCAGAGACUAAGAUUUCUAACCGGAAAUUUCUGUUCAAGAAGAGACUAACGGCACAACAUCCUUGUUGCUGGCCAUUUCCAAGUAACAGAAGAAAAUGGUUAAGGACCAGGAAUCCCUGACAUUUCAUGAUGUGGCUGUGAACUUCACUUGGGAGGAGUGGCAGCUCUUGGACCCCGACCAGAAGGACCUGUACAGGGAUGUGAUGUUGGAGAACUACAGGAACCUGGUGUCAGUGGGGUAUCCAGCCAGCAAGCCAGACACACUGUCCAGAUUGGAGCGAAGGGAACCACGGACAAUAGAAGAUGAAUUCCACAGUGGCAUCUGUUCAGAAAUCAAGAAAAAUGAUGAUCAUGUACAGGGGCACUUCCAAAGUCAAAGAUGUCUAAGGAGAACAGAACAAUGUCGUAAACGUAAUACAUCCAGAUGCAUUACUCAUUGGAGUAAAAAUAAUUUUCCUUUAAGGCAAAAUCAUGAUAUAGUUCACUUACACGGGAAGGCAUUGAGAUCGAAUGUAAGUUUGACCAACCAGAUUGGAAACUGUGAAGUGAAGAACCCAGUUGAGAAUAAUGGAGAUGCAAAAUCCUUCCUCUGUGCAAAGGAUGAGCAAUGUCAUACUGAAAUAAAAUUCCCUGAACAUGGAAAUUCUAUAAACACCAACUCACAAUUCAUUAAGCAUCAAAGACCUCAAAAGAUAAAUAAACUGCAUAUAUCCAGUGAAUGUGGGAAAGACUUCUUCAAGAAGUCUCGCCUCAUUGAUCACCAGAGAGGUCAUAUGGGAGAGAAGCCUCAUGGGUGCAGUGUAUGUGGGAAAGCCUUCUCGAAGAAGUCCAGGCUCACUAAACAUCAGAAAAUUCAUGUAAGAGAGAAACGCUAUGAGUGCACCGAAUGUGACAAAGCCUUCGCCAAGGAGUCACGGCUACUUACUCAUCAGAAAACUCACAGAAAAGAGAAACCCUAUCUAUGUGACGAAUGUGGAAAAGGUUUCAUCAAAAAGUCUCGGCUCAUUAAUCAUCAGAGAGUUCACACAGGAGAGAAGCCAUAUGGAUGCAGUCUGUGUGACAAAGCCUUUUCCAGAAAGUCUGGGCUCGUUGAACAUCAGAGAACUCACACGGGAGAAAAACCUUAUGAAUGCACAGAAUGUGACAAAACCUUCUGCUGGAAAUCACAGCUCAAUGCCCAUCAGAAAACUCACACAGGAGAGAAACCCUAUGUAUGUGAUAAAUGUGGAAAAGGCUUCAUCAAGAAGUCUCAGCUCAUUAAUCAUCAGAGAGUUCACAUAGGAGAGAAGCCGCAUGGAUGCAGUCUGUGUGACAAAGCCUUCUCCAAAAAGUCCAGGCUCAUUGAACAUCAGAGAACUCACACAGGAGAAAAACCUUAUGAAUGUGCAGAAUGUGACAAAACCUUUCGCUGGAAACCACAGCUCAAUGCCCAUCAGAAAAUUCACACAGGAGAAAUAUCAUAUACAUGCAGUGACUGUGGAAGAGGCUUCAUUAAGAAGGCCUAUCUCACUGUACAUCGGCGAAUUCACACUGGGGAGAAACCUUAUAUGUGCAACGAAUGUGGCAAAGGCUUCAUCCAGAAAGGCAGUCUCUUAAUACAUCAACGGACUCACACUGGUGAGAAACCCUAUGUAUGCACCGAGUGUGGAAGAGGCUUCAGACAGAAAUCUUGCCUCAUAUCCCAUCAGAGAUUUCACACAGGGGAGAAACCCUAUGUAUGCACCGAGUGUGGAAAAGGCUUCAGCCACAAAUCUUCCCUCAUAUCCCAUCGGAGAUUUCACACAGGGGAGAAACCCUAUACAUGCAGCGACUGUGGGAAAACUUUUAGAGAUAAGUCAUACCUCACUAGACAUCGAAGAACUCAUGCAGGAGAGAGACCCUAUGGGUGCUCUGAUUGUGGGAAAGCCUUCUUCCAUCUGUCAUCUCUUGUGUCUCAUAAGGAAAUGCUGCACUCAAGAGAGAAAUGUGUAGGUUCAUUUAAGUUAGGAGACCCAUUUUCAAAGAAUCACAAGUCAUCACAUUCAAGUGAAAUCAUACAGGAGAAAACCCCUGUUGAUACAGUGACUGUGCACAUGCCUCCUGUGGCAGCUCAGGUGUCCUCACACAUCAGUGGGUUCCUAGCACACAGGAACGUGGCCACUGUGGGACAGCCAGCUGCCAGAGACAUACCGUCAGCAGAACACAGAACUGGCACGGGGAAACCUUAUGACUGCAGUGAAUGUGGUAGUACCUUGGGUGACCAAAUAUGUCAUAUUUUAUGUCACAAAAAGCACACAGGAGUACACUGUGAUGCAAUCAAGGUGGAAGACCCUUGAAUAAAACCUUCUAGUAUUA